AUGUCUCGCUCGCCAGGUCCCGUCGUCUACAACGCACCCGCAGGCCUCCAGGCCAGCCCGUAUAAGGCUCAUACGAUCAGCAAUCACGACCCACGAAAGCACGGACAGGACCUCCAGCCGAACACCACUCUCGACCGCCGCCUGCAAGGGAAGUCGAGUAUGGGAACCACAAUUCUCGUCGAGUUUCAAACCUUUGUCGAAGAGCUCCUCCCGCCUCUCCGGGCCAGAAAGUCGAAGCUCCCCAAGCAAACAGUUCAGACGGCAAAAAAGGACCUGCUUGAUUUGUUCUACAAGUUUACGCCGGACAAAAAACCUAUAAACCCCAAUGAGGAUGCUAUAGCAUGCGCGGUCGUGAAAAUCAUCAACGACAUGAAGUUGCCAAAGGGCUACCAGGCCGCGCUUUCCCAGUUCAUGCCUGAUCUGACCGACGAGACCGGCUCGAAAGUCGACGCUGCACUCUAUCCCAAAGGCAAGGUCCCGUCAAACGGCCGACCAGACUGGACGCACUGUCGGCUCUACAUGGAGUUCAAAGUAGGCAACACCAAGUACGACCCGUGGGAUGAUAGAGAAGGGGUGUCGGCUGAGUCGGAAAGGAAGUCGCGCGCCGCCGUCCGUGCGCAGCUCAUCGCGUACGCCCACCACACGUUUCGCUACCAGCACCGCACGAAGCUCUACUCGCUCUUCAUCAUCGGGGACGCGUUUCGAGCUGCCCGCUGGGAUAGGUCUGGGGUCAUUGUGUCCAGGAAGGUCAACUACGUCGUCAACCCUGAGCUUCUGCUCCAGUUUCUCUGGCACUUCGCACAUCUCGACGACGUUCAGCAGGGGAUGGAUCCGACCGUGGACUUGCUCGAACCCGAUUCACAUGCCUUCAGGAUGAUGGACUACCUCGCUCGACCCGAUCCGUCCGUGGACGUUGACUACAUGGAACCUGGGACCCACUGGCCGACGCCUUCUGUUCCUCCCUCCGCAAGCUCUGCAACUACUGCACCCAACACUUCUCAUCCGCCGUCUGCAGUAGCUGACAGCACUCCCGGCACGUCGUCCGAUACAGGCGGUGGAAACGGUGGCCUGCCGCCUUCUACUCCCGGUGAUAAGGAAGGGGUGUGGGCUCGUCGCACGAGGUCAUCGUCGAAGGUGGCUGCUAUGCCACCGCCCAUUCCGCCUCCGACUCCGCCACCAGCCGAAGACAUGAACACCCCCCCUGUGGGUAAAGACCCCGACCUGGCGGUAGUCGAGGAGUUCACCGGCGAUCCCCGCGUGUUCAAGUACGUCCGGGAGAUGUUCAGGGAGUCCCUCAAGAAGGGUUGGCCACGCUACAAGAUUCGCGUCGGCAAAGACAAGCGCGUCUUUCUCGUCGGCAGACACAUAUUCUGCUCAUCAUCGAUGUUCGGCCGCGCCACUCGAGGAUAUAUCGCCGUCGACGCGCGUACGCGGCGGUUCGUCUUCCUGAAGGACUCGUGGAGACCUUACUACGAGGGUGUCGAGCCGGAGGGCACCUACCUCGCUAUGUUCGCCAAUCAACACGAUAUGGUUGUCCCCACCCUCAUCUGUCACGGCGACGUGGAGGGACAGCGCGCGUUCACAGCUAUCUAUGAGGGAGACCCGCAGAGGAAAAUAAGGGACAACCAACGUCGCCUCGCCGCCCAGGCCAAGAAUACGUCAGCCGGCAAGGUCGUCAGACGAGGCAGCACCAAGAAACGUCCCCAUGAGGAAGAGGACGAAGCUGAGCCGUCAUCCGGCGAUACAACCGCGCCCGCGCCCCUUGCAGAAAACGAAGAUCGCUUGCGCCACCAUAUCCACUACCGCACCGUCGUGCAGGACGUGUGUCUGCCCUUCGACAAGUUCUGCUCGACGAAGCAGUUCAUCCGCCUGAUGUUCGACUGCGUGCAGACACAUCAACAGGCGUACCUGAAGUUCGGACUGCUGCAUCGUGACAUUAGCGCCGGGAACGUACUUAUUCUCCCGCGGCAUACUGUCAACAAGAAGGGCAAAGAGGUCGUCCGAUGGUUCGGCCUUUUGACGGACUGGGAGUUGGCGAAAAUCGUGCCGAAGGAUGGCGAGGAUGAUAAGGCGAGGCAACCUGAGCGAACGGGAACUUGGCAGUUCAUGUCCGUCGCGUCCGUCGCAUCGCAAUGGACGCUCCCUAUCUCCGUAGCCGAUGAACUGGAGUCUUUCUUCCACGUGAUGCUGUUCUACGCCGUGCGCUACCUCCCGCACACGAUGGUCAAUGUCCCCAAAUUCGUCAUCGCGUACUUUGAUACAUUCGAGCAAGACAACGACGGGACCCGACUUUGUAGUGCUACAAAGUGGAACGCUAUGAGGUGGAGAAUGAUUCGUUAUGGGAAGGGCCGCCGUCUCCUCUUCAAGAAGACCACGGGGCGAUCGGGCAACCCGCUCAACCGGUUAUUCGCCAGGUUUUUGACCGCCUUAUCAGCAAGAUACGAGCUGUUGGACUAUGCCAACGAGGCCCACGACAAACUUCCUUCUCCGGUCGAUUCUCUCACCGAAGUGGACGAAGACGAGGAAGACGAUGACUUCGAGAUCAACUACAACAAGCCAUGGUACGCCAAGGAGGACGAGGACGAGGACGAGGAGGACGAUGACCUAGCAGUCUAUGCGGAGGAGCCCUCCACGGCUACCUCAGCGACCGCGUCGCUCUUGAACACACACGACUUCUUCCUCAAUCGCUUUGCGAACGUACUCCAACUCGGUCGGAAACGCUGGGUCAACCCGGAUGCCCUUGGGAUCGAUCAGCUCGCAGGCUACGAGUCCAGGGCGAUCAUCGUGGCCAUGGAGGAGGCAGGCACGAGCACAGCAGGGCGCGCACGGGGUACACGUGAGUCGUCUGGUAGGGCGAGUAGCAAGCGGGCUAAGACGGGAAGUGGAUCGUCGUUGGGAGCUGUCCGCACCAGAGGCGUGGAGACCGAUUCCAACUUGGUGGUCUCACGCAGCAGGAAGGGAAAGGGUCGUGCCUGA